GAUGCUUCACGUCCCAAGCGGAACAGGCGCAAGAUGGCGGCUGAGCGGCAGGUGGCCGGGAGCGGCGGCGCCGCCGGUGGCCGUGGUACCGGUAGUAGCGGCGGCGCUAGUUCCAUGGCUGCCCUCGAGGAUAACAAGGAGAAUGAAAAACCCAAGUCCGGUGGUCUCGGAGACAGCCUGGGCCUGGAGAUUCUUCAGAUUAUUAAAGAAUCACAGCAGCAACAUGGCCUACGUCAUGGUGAUUUUCAGAGAUACAGAGGUUAUUGCUCCCGUCGACUAAGGAGGCUCAGAAAAACUCUUAACUUCAAGAUGGGAAAUAGGCACAAGUUCACAGGGAAAAAAGUAACAGAAGAGCUAUUAUCUGACAACAGAUAUUUACUCCUGAUUCUUAUGGAUGCUGAAAGAGCCUGGAGUUAUGCAAUGCAGCUCAAGCAAGAAGCCAACACAGAACCACGUAAACGUUUUCAUUUGUUAUCUCGCCUACGCAAAGCAGUAAAACAUGCUGAGGAACUGGAACAUCUCUGUGAAAGUAGCCGGGUGGAUGCCAAGACAAAGCUGGAAGCUCAGGCAUACACAGCUUACCUUACAGGUAUGCUUCGAUUUGAACAUCAGGAAUGGAAGGCAGCAAUGGAGGCUUUCAACAAGUGCAAAACCAUUUAUGAAAAGCUGGCUAGUGCUUUCACAGAAGAGCAGGCAAUAUUAUAUAAUCAGCGUGUGGAAGAAAUCUCUCCAAAUAUUCGUUAUUGCGCUUAUAAUAUUGGUGACCAGUCUGCUAUUAGUGAGCUAAUGCAAAUGAGGCUGAGGACUGGUGGCACUGAAGGUCUCCUUGCUGAAAAACUAGAGUCGUUAAUCACACAGACUCGAGCAAAGCAGGCAGCCACUAUGAGUGAGGUGGAAUGGAGGGGAAGAACGGUGCCUGUGAAAAUAGACAAAGUGAGAAUCUUUCUGUUGGGGUUAGCAGAUACUGAAGCAGCUAUAACUCAAGCAGAAGAAGAAGAAACUAAAGAACGUUUGUUUGAAUCUUUAUUGAGUGAGUGCCGGGACGCAAUACAAGCCGUUCGCGAAGAGCUGAAGCCAGAUCAGAAGCAACGGGAUCACUCUUUGGAAAUAGAUUCUGGAAAAGUCACUAAUAUUCAGUAUCUGCACAGUUACCUGACUUACAUCAAGCUGUCUACAGCAAUCAAGCGCAAUGAGAGCAUGGCAAAGGCACUACAGAAGGCACUCCUUCGUCAGCAGCAGCCCGAGGAAGAUGGCAAGCGUGUUCCUCGACCUCAGGAUUUGAUACGCCUUUAUGACAUCAUCUUACAGAAUCUGGCAGAAUUGCAACAACUUCCUGGCCUAGAAGAAGAUAAAAGCUACCUGAAGGAAAUAGGAAUAAAGACCUUGGUGUAUAAGGCUUACCGAUGCUUUUUCAUUGCACAAUCAUAUGUUCUGGUGAAAAAAUGGAGCGAAGCUCUUGUUUUGUAUGAUCGAGUACUGAAAUAUGCCACUGAAGUCCAGGCUCAAGCUGGGACUAAAAAAAGCAACUUAAAGGAGCUACCUGAUGUUCAGGAUCUGAUUACUCAAGUAAAUGCAGAAAAAUACUCCUUGCAAGCAGCUGCCAUAUUAGAUGCUGAUGACAGUCAUGAGGCAGAAUCUCCGUCCCAGGUCAAAGAUGGCAAGCCACUUUCUGAACGAUUUGAGAUUUUCUGCCUGGAUCCUUCUCUUGUCAGCAAGCAAGCAAGUCUGGUGCAUUUCCCUCCAGAAUUCCAGCCAAUUCCAUGCAAGCCUUUAUUUUUUGAUCUGGCUCUCAAUCACGUCACUUUCCCACCCCUGGAAGAUAAAGUAGAGCAGAAAGCAAAGAGUGGUCUUACAGGAUAUAUCAAAGGCAUCUUUGGAUUCCGGAGUUAACCAGGGCUGUUUUCAAGGAAAAUGUUUCCUUUAUAUUGGGGAAAUCUGCAACAGGUUCAGACCUUAUCUGCUUGAGUCUAAAAUCCACAUGGGAGAUUUUCAAUAUUUUUCCAGUAUUCUGUCUGUCCAUCUGAUUUAUUAGAACCAUUUCAGUCUGAGAACAUAAAAAAUGUGCUCUGUCUCCAGCCUUAUCUCAAAGAAGAAAACACCUGAGGUCUGAAUCCACUCACGCCCAGUGCCUCAGGCAGGAACAAGUAUCCAUUUUGUAAGGAUCAUUUAUUUUUGGUAGCUGAUACCACAAAUUUAAUUUUUAAAAAGCUAACUCAGUCGUCUGGACAAGACACAGCAGAGGGAAACCAAAGGCACAGAUUUUUACAGAAUUUGAACUGCCUCAACCAGAAUCUGUAAAAACUCAAGUUUAAUUGAUCGUACUGCCUGCCGAGUUUAAUUUUCACUUCUAACUAUGGAUUGAAGAUCAGAGUUGAUAGAUUAUGUUUAAAAUCCAUAUAGUAGAUUAUACUACAGGUUUUAAAGAAUAUCUUUAUAUAAUCUUUUCUUUAAAAGGCAUCACUUCCUACUAAGUUCUUAGAGGAUCUCUUUUGGAUACUAAAGAGCCUCAGCUUCAGAAAGUUAUUCUCCAUUUCUGCAUUAAAAGCCCUUUUGCUUUUUUU